AUGUAGUAUAAAAAAUUAGAAGGUUAAUCAAAUUAUUGGAAGGCUGCCAUGCUUGGCACCAUAUUCCUAUUCAUGUUUUCAUCAUUUAAUUCAGCUGCAAAUUUAAUAGGCUUCUUAUAUAAGGAGGCAAAUUAUAAUGAUUUAGGAGUGAUUUCAUUAUUUUCGUUAUAUGCAGCAUUUGGCUUCAGCUCAUUAUUUGCACCUAAUAUUAGCGCAUUGUUUAAUCCAAAAUAUGUAGAUAAAUGUAUUAAUUUGUUAGGUUAUGUUCUUUUCGUCAUUUGGAUAUACAUUAUAUAUGUCAUGUGGAAUUAUUGUUUAUUAAUGCAAAGAACAUGGGACUCAAGAUGGAGUUUGCAGUAAAGGGAUUCUGUAUACAAUUGUUAAUUUCUGUGCAAUAAUAAAUGGUAUAUGUGCAAGUACUUUAUGGGUUUCAUAGCCAUGGUACAUCACAAGCAUUAGUACAAAUGAAACAAGAGGUAAGUACUUUGGCAUAUUUUGGGCAUUAAUGUAAUCAUCAUAGAUUGUUGGAAAUGUGAUGGGAUUGGUUUUAGUACAACUAUCACCUUUAUUAUAUUUUUUGGUGAUGACAAUUGUUUGUGGUGUUAGUGGAUGUUGUUUUUUAUUUUUGCCAUCUAAAUUUGAAAAGGCAUAAGAAGUGAAGAGUGUAAAGGAGAAACUAAGAGGGAUUUGCAUUAUAAUAAGUUCAAGAAAGAUGAGACCAAUGUUAUUAUAUUACUAUUUUGCAGGAACUAUUGUAGCAUUUUAUACUGGUUUUUUGUAUAAACUUAUAGCUGCAUCUCAACCAGAAGAUUAAAGUUAAGAUGAAACAACAAAAAAGUAAGCAUAUGUUUUCAUAAUUCUUGGUGUUUUUGAAUUCAUAAGUGGAAUUUGUUCUGGAUACAUAUCAGAUAGAGUUAAUCGUUAUAUGGUAGCUACUACUAGUACAAUAAUUGUUGAAUUGGCUUUAAUUGUUAGCAUUAUUAGUUAUUAUACUGACAGCUAUAUUUUGUGUUUCAUAUCUGGAGCUUUAUGGGGAACUUCUGAUUGUCUUGUGUCUAAUAUGACUAUGGUUAUCACAACAACUCUUUUUCCAGAUCAAAUUGAAGCUUUUGCAAUUAGAGCCAUCAUGACUUCCUUUGCCACUAGUGUUAUGCUUAUAUUUAGUAUUGUGAUUCCUAAUCAGAUCAUUUAUCUAUUAAUUGUUGUCUUAGUUGAGUUAUUGACCAACAUAAGUACAAGUAAAUUAGGAAUAAUCAAUGAAAAACCAGAUGAAAUAAAGUUGUGAA